UGCGGACCAGCACGGGUCGCGCUUCAUCCAGCAGAAGCUCGAGAUGGCCACGGAUGCAGAGAAGAGAAGGAGCUGGUGUUCUGUGAGUGCGGACCAGCACGGGUCGCGCUUCAUCCAGCAGAAGCUCGAGAUGGCCACGGAUGCAGAGAAAGAGUUGGUGUUCUGUGAGGUGCUGCCGCGCGCUCUCUCCCUUAUGACGGACGUCUUUGGGAACUACGUGAUUCAGAAGUUCUUCGAGCAUGGGCUGGACUCGCACAGGGCAGCACUGGCAGCGGAGUUGAAAGGGCAUGUGCUGGCGCUGGGGCUUCAGAUGUAUGGGUGCCGGGUCAUUCAGAAGGGGCAUGUGCUGGCGCUGGGGCUGCAGAUGUAUGGAUGCCGGGUGAUUCAGAAGGUGAGGGAUGGUGCGAUGCAGUUUGGGCAUGUGCUGGCGCUGGGGCUUCAGAUGUAUGGCUGUCGGGUGAUUCAGAAGGUGAGAGGUGGUGGGGAGGGGGGGGUUGUUUGGAAGGGCAUGGCACUGGAGGUUCUCCCUCUUCGUCAGCAGCUGGAGAUCAUCGCAGAGCUAGAGGGUAGUGUGAUGCGGUGUGCCUUGGAGGUUCUGCCUCUACCGCAGCAGCUGGAAAUCAUUGCAGAGCCAGAAGGGAGUGUGAUGCGGUGUGUGCGCGACCAGAACGGCAACCACGUGAUUCUCCGCUUCCCUCUUGCUGUUCCCCGUGCCCUGUUUCUUCCGCCAUACCAACAGGCUCUGGAGGUUCUUCCUCUGACGCAGCAGCUGGAGAUAAUAGCAGAACUGGAGGGCAGUGUGAUGCGGUGUGUGCGGGACCAGAACGGGAAGCAGGUUGUUUCUGAUCUUCUUACUUUCCUCUCUCCGCCAUGUUCUUCCGCCAUACCAACAGGCACUGGAGGUUCUUCCUCUGACGCAGCAGCUGGAGAUAAUAGCAGAACUGGAGGGCAGUGUGAUGCGGCUCUGGAGGUUCUUCCUCUGACGCAGCAGCUGGAGAUAAUAGCAGAACUGGAGGGCAGUGUGAUGCGGUGUGUGCGGGACCAGAACGGGAAGCAGGUUGUUUCUGAUCUUCUUACUUUCCUCUCUCCGCCAUGUUCUUCCGCCAUACCAACAGGCACUGGAGGUUCUUCCUCUGACGCAGCAGCUGGAGAUAAUAGCAGAACUGGAGGGCAGUGUGAUGCGGCACUGGAGGUUCUUCCUCUGACGCAGCAGCUGGAGAUAAUAGCAGAACUGGAGGGCAGUGUGAUGCGGUGUGUGCGGGACCAGAACGGGAAGCAGGUUGUUUCUGAUCUUCUUACUUUCCUCUCUCCGCCAUGUUCUUCCGCCAUACCAACAGGCUCUGGAGGUUCUUCCUCUGACGCAGCAGCUGGAGAUAAUAGCAGAACUGGAGGGCAGUGUGAUGCGGCUCUGGAGGUUCUUCCUCUGACGCAGCAGCUGGAGAUAAUAGCAGAACUGGAGGGCAGUGUGAUGCGGUGUGUGCGGGACCAGAACGGGAAGCAGGUUGUUUCUGAUCUUCUUACUUUCCUCUCUCCGCCAUGUUCUUCCGCCAUACCAACAGGCUCUGGAGGUUCUUCCUCUGACGCAGCAGCUGGAGAUAAUAGCAGAACUGGAGGGCAGUGUGAUGCGGCUCUGGAGGUUCUUCCUCUGACGCAGCAGCUGGAGAUAAUAGCAGAACUGGAGGGCAGUGUGAUGCGGUGUGUGCGGGACCAGAACGGGAAGCAGGUUGUUUCUGAUCUUCUUACUUUCCUCUCUCCGCCAUGUUCUUCCGCCAUACCAACAGGCUCUGGAGGUUCUUCCUCUGACGCAGCAGCUGGAGAUAAUAGCAGAACUGGAGGGCAGUGUGAUGCGGCUCUGGAGGUUCUUCCUCUGACGCAGCAGCUGGAGAUAAUAGCAGAACUGGAGGGCAGUGUGAUGCGGUGUGUGCGGGACCAGAACGGGAAGCAGGUUGUUUCUGAUCUUCUUACUUUCCUCUCUCCGCCAUGUUCUUCCGCCAUACCAACAGGCUCUGGAGGUUCUUCCUCUGACGCAGCAGCUGGAGAUAAUAGCAGAACUGGAGGGCAGUGUGAUGCGGCACUGGAGGUUCUUCCUCUGACGCAGCAGCUGGAGAUAAUAGCAGAACUGGAGGGCAGUGUGAUGCGGUGUGUGCGGGACCAGAACGGGAAGCAGGUUGUUUCUGAUCUUCUUACUUUCCUCUCUCCGCCAUGUUCUUCCGCCAUACCAACAGGCACUGGAGGUUCUUCCUCUGACGCAGCAGCUGGAGAUAAUAGCAGAACUGGAGGGCAGUGUGAUGCGGCUCUGGAGGUUCUUCCUCUGACGCAGCAGCUGGAGAUAAUAGCAGAACUGGAGGGCAGUGUGAUGCGGUGUGUGCGGGACCAGAACGGGAAGCAGGUUGUUUCUGAUCUUCUUACUUUCCUCUCUCCGCCAUGUUCUUCCGCCAUACCAACAGGCUCUGGAGGUUCUUCCUCUGACGCAGCAGCUGGAGAUAAUAGCAGAACUGGAGGGCAGUGUGAUGCGGCACUGGAGGUUCUUCCUCUGACGCAGCAGCUGGAGAUAAUAGCAGAACUGGAGGGCAGUGUGAUGCGGUGUGUGCGGGACCAGAACGGGAAGCAGGUUGUUUCUGAUCUUCUUACUUUCCUCUCUCCGCCAUGUUCUUCCGCCAUACCAACAGGCUCUGGAGGUUCUUCCUCUGACGCAGCAGCUGGAGAUAAUAGCAGAACUGGAGGGCAGUGUGAUGCGGCUCUGGAGGUUCUUCCUCUGACGCAGCAGCUGGAGAUAAUAGCAGAACUGGAGGGCAGUGUGAUGCGGUGUGUGCGGGACCAGAACGGGAAGCAGGUUGUUUCUGAUCUUCUUACUUUCCUCUCUCCGCCAUGUUCUUCCGCCAUACCAACAGGCUCUGGAGGUUCUUCCUCUGACGCAGCAGCUGGAGAUAAUAGCAGAACUGGAGGGCAGUGUGAUGCGGCUCUGGAGGUUCUUCCUCUGACGCAGCAGCUGGAGAUAAUAGCAGAACUGGAGGGCAGUGUGAUGCGGUGUGUGCGGGACCAGAACGGGAAGCAGGUUGUUUCUGAUCUUCUUACUUUCCUCUCUCCGCCAUGUUCUUCCGCCAUACCAACAGGCUCUGGAGGUUCUUCCUCUGACGCAGCAGCUGGAGAUAAUAGCAGAACUGGAGGGCAGUGUGAUGCGGCUCUGGAGGUUCUUCCUCUGACGCAGCAGCUGGAGAUAAUAGCAGAACUGGAGGGCAGUGUGAUGCGGUGUGUGCGGGACCAGAACGGGAAGCAGGUUGUUUCUGAUCUUCUUACUUUCCUCUCUCCGCCAUGUUCUUCCGCCAUACCAACAGGCACUGGAGGUUCUUCCUCUGACGCAGCAGCUGGAGAUAAUAGCAGAACUGGAGGGCAGUGUGAUGCGGCUCUGGAGGUUCUUCCUCUGACGCAGCAGCUGGAGAUAAUAGCAGAACUGGAGGGCAGUGUGAUGCGGUGUGUGCGGGAUCAGAACGGCAACCACGUGAUUCAGAAGUGCAUCGAGUGUGUGCCGCCCGCCCACAUCGCCUCCAUCGUCAACAGCUUCUACGGCCAAGUGGUUGCACUCUCAACCCACCCGUAUGGGUGCAGAGUUAUUCAGCGAGUGCUAGAGCAUUGCACGGAGGAGCAGAAGCAGAGGGGGGUGAUGGACGAGAUCAUGCGGUCUACCUGUGCUCUGGCCCAGGACCAGUACGGCAACUACGUCGUGCAGCACGUGUUGGAGCAUGGGAGCGAGGACGAGAGGAACGUGAUUAUAACGAAGCUGGCGGGGCAGAUAGUCACAAUGAGCCAGCACAAGUUUGCGUCCAACGUGAUUGAGAAGUGCCUGCAGUACGGGGGGCCGGCUCAGAAGCAGCUGCUGCUGUCUGAAAUGCUGGGACGGACAGACGAGAACGAGCCGCUGCAGGCAAUGAUGAAGGACCAGUUCGGCAACUAUGUCGUUCAGAAGGUGCUGGAGACGUGCAGCGAGGGGCAGAGGGAGAUGGUGCUGGGGCGCAUCCGUGUGCAUCUGCAUACACUCAAGAAGUUCACGUAUGGGAAGCACAUUGUGGCUCGGGUCGAGAAGCUGCUUGCUGCUGGAGGCCGUAUGCAAUCUCGGGCAGAGAGAGAGCGGGUGAUGGCACCCUCCUACUCAGGCCCAGCUGGGGGAGGUUUUACUGGUGCAGGCUUUUCCGGUGGAGGGAACGUUGCAGGGAUGGGUUCAAGCCGGCAAGGCACGCGCGAGAGGCUAUUCGACCGCGACGACCAGAGCCUCAAGUACAAGGGGGUGCAGAAGCAUGUGCGCGGCUGGCUCGUCAAGUACGCGUCGCGCGGCAAGACCGUCGUGCUGGGCGUUCGUCCGACGCAAGAGGAGGCGGCGUCGCUCUAUGACAAGUUCGCCUACAAGGUUCACGGCAACGCCGAGACACUCAAUCUCGGUCUCACGCUUGCCGAGAAACGGGCCCUCGACGCGCUCUCCGACCGCGAGUUCCUCGCCAUUAUAAAAAAGGAUAACUUCAAUUUAAGCUUCCGAAAAGGAUGGAGCUCGAAUUACAUCGGCGUGAGCUGGUACGAAGACUAUGGCGGAUGGGUCGCGCAGGUGAACAUGGGCGGGAUCACGCGCAAGAUCAAGCGGAGCAAGACGGAGGAGGUGGCUGCUGCGGCCGUCGAUCGCGCGCUGCUGCGACGCGACGGCGACCGUGCGAUCACGAACGCGAUGAUCUUCGGCGGGUGUAUUAAAGUCGAGACUCUCAUGGACCUCGAGGGGCUGCGCGACGCGGUGAUCCUGUCGCGAGUGGCUGAAAUGGAAGGCGGAGCAUCCGCCAAGUCGGUUUCCAUCGUCGCCGCAACCCAGUUGCCUCCAGGCAGCGAGCUAGUGGCGGGGUGGGCGGGCAAGCUCCGCUGGGGAGUGAUGCACAACAAGGACAAGGGCGUGUGGGAGAUGGUGCUCUAUGUCGGCCCUAAACCGUUUCUGCGAGGAAGGACCCAGUUAGGGGACGAGGCCGCACGCCUCUACGACAGGAUGGCCUACAAGUUCCGGGGCACAUCAGCAGUGCUCAACUUCGGCCUAUCCGCCGCAGAGAAGCUGGAACUCGAGCAGAUGACCAAGGACGAUUUCCACCUGCACCUCCGCAAAUCCUUUGUCCGCAGCUUCCGCUCUCGAUCCUGUCCGUCGAUCUACAAGGGCGUCAAGUGGGGCCCCCAGGAGCAGAAGUGGAUCGCCGCAAUCCGCGUGGCAAACCGGUUCUCCAAGAUUGGAUUGUAUGAUGCUGAAGAGGAGGCAGCUGCUGCGUAUGAUCGGACGAUUGUGGAGGUCCGGGGGGUGCAUGUGAUGACUAAUGCGAAGUUUGUGGAUGGGUUGAACCACGCGCAGGUGACAGUAACGGAGAUUCCUAUAAAGGGGCAGGAGGAGGCGUUUAUACGUGCCGCGGGCGGAGGGAUUGGCGCGGAUGGGGGGAGAGGGGGAGCGCGGGGGGGCCGCGGGCGCGGGCGGGGGAGGGGGCGGCCCCCGAUUACCCAUCUGGCGCGGGAGGAGCGGAGGAACAGGCUGGUGGCGUCGUUGGGUGGGUCUGUCGAAGCAGCUAAGCUGGGGGCAGGAGCAGCAGAAGGGGAAGGGGGAGGAGGAGAGGGAGAAGGAGGGGGAGCAGCUGGGGAUGCGUGUAGCGGAGGGGGUAAGGAGGAGGGGAAGGAGGAGUGGGUGCCGGCGCCAAGAGCAGAGGAGUUGGAGCAGAUAGAGGAAUGGAUGGCGAAUGAGUGGGAGCAAGGGGAGAUCGUGGGGUGGAUGGAGGGGGUUGUUCCUGGGGAAGAGGCGAAGGGGGUGAGCACGCUUGUUCCUGCCGGUGCUGCUGCUGGUGGUGGCGCUGCUGGUGCUGCUGGUGGUGCUGGUGGUGCUGGUGGUGGGGGGGAAGCUGGUGGGAAGGAGAAGGGGGAGGGCGAGGAGGAAGGGUCUCUAGCGAUAGACUUGGAAAUGGCUGGGUUAGACGAUGGGGAUGAUGCUGCUGGCGGUGGGGAGGGAGGGGGAGAUGCUGAGGGGGACUGGGACGAGUUUUGCAAGACGACAGCAAGGGAGGUGGCGGAGGGAGCAGGGAACAUCGACGGGGAAGGCGCUGGUGGGGACGGCGGGGCGGGGAAGAAGGGCGCGGGGGGGAAGGGCGGGGAAGUAGGGGCGGAUGAGCUGGGGAACGCGCAUGCAUCUGUGGAGCAGCUAUUGGCUGCUGCGGAGGCUGGGCCUGGGGGCGGGGCGGGGGCUGCGGGGGGCGGCGCAGGAGGCGCGGGAGAGGGGGAGGGCGAGGGAGAGGAGGAUGAGGAGGAUGAUGUGAUGCUUGAGCUGAAUGCAGAUGAGGAGGGGAAUGAAGGGGGGGAGGGUGGGGGGAAUGGAGGCAGUGGGGAGGGUGGGGGGGACGCGCAUGGGCGAGAUUGGAUGGACACUGUAGAAGGGGAUGACGACAAAACUGAGGGAGGAGAAGGGGGAGAAGGAGGAGAAGGAGGAGGAGGAGAUGGGUCUAAGACUCCAGCCAAGGGACCAGGGCAGGAGGGCGAUGCGGGUGCAAUAACCCCUGCUCAAGGCCCCUCCCGCCUCCCCCUCACUCCAGGUUCCGCCCCCUCCGCGCUCCAAAUCAGCACCGUUUCCACUCUAGCCGCCCCUACUUCCUCCUUUGGUGCCCCAGAUUCCUCUGGGUUACAGACUUACUCAGGGAAGCGGCCGCGGGGGCGGCCGAGGAUACAUGAGCAUCCUGAGGAGGAGAAGAAUAGGUUAUCUGAGAAGUAUAUGGGUGUGGAGUUUAAGGGGAGGACGAGGGCGUGGGAGGCGUUUCUGAUGUCAGGGCAGCGGCGGUAUAACUAUGGGCAGCGGUAUACGGAGGAAGAAGCAGCACGUCUGCAUGACAAGGUUGCGUAUCGCCUGAAGGGACCGACAACCCCCACCAACUACCCUCUUGAGGAGGAAGCUUGUCUCGACUUAAUGACAGUCGAGGAAUCCUCACAGGCCUCUCAUUUUCUUCCUAUUCCUGAUUGCUUCCCAUUCCCGUUCCACAGGGUGGCAUACCGCCUCAAGGGACCAACAGCCCCCACCAACUACCCUCUUGGAGAGGAGGACAAAGCCCCCCCCACCAACUACCCUCUCGGGGAGGAGGACAAGGCCCGUCUCGACUCAAUGACAGUCGAGGAAUUCCUAACCCACGUGCGCCGCACCAACGUCAGCAGUGUUUUCCAGGGUCGGCGUGGCUCGUCCUUAUUCAAGGGCGUGAGCUGGAUGCCGGACAAGCAGCGGUGGGCGGCGCUGAUCAAACUAGACCACGGAAAGGUGAGGAAGAUCGGAUUAUACACCACGGAGGAGGACGCCGCAGCAGCGUACGAUCGCGCUCUGAUCGACCGCGACGGCCCAGAAGCUCUAACCAACGAGAGGUUCUUUCGCUCGCUAGAUGACGAUGCUUUGGACCGGUUGUUACAGUCGAGGCGAUCUCGAGACGAGUCCUGCAAUUGGAAGGAACGGGCAAAGUAUUUUCUCGAUAAUAUCGAGAAGCUGGGGCAUAAGUCUAAGAGAGCGAGAGCUCCGUCACCGGUGGGAGCGCGGGGGCUUGUAGGAGGGGGUGGGGCCGGGCCGGUGGGGUCGAGGGAGGGAGAGGAGGGGCCACAGGCAGGGACCGUUGCUGCGUUGGGUGGGGGUGCGAUUAGCUCUCAGAAGGUGUCUCAGAGUGCUGCUGCUGGGAGGAAAGGGCGUGGGGGCGGUGCGGUUGGUGGCGGGAGGUAUGGGAGUGGAGGAAUGGAGAGUGGGGGGGGGUAUGGGUAUAUGGGAGGGGGGAUGAUGGGUGGUGGGGGUGGGGUGAUGGGCAUGGGGGGGUAUAUGGGGGGUGGGGUCAUGGGGGGCAAUGUUAUGGGAGCGAAUGUGAUGGGCUCGAAUGUUAUGGGUGCGAGUGUUAUGGGUAGCGGUGGGGGAUACGGUUUGGAUCGGUGGGGUUUGUACCCGUCCCCUAUGUCUGCUACAGGGCAUCUAGCCCCAAACCGGCGGGGCAUGCCGAGUUUUAACCCAGGAGGGGGUGGGUUUGCAGGCGCCGGGGGAGGGAGGAAGGGUGGAGCGGUUGGGAGUGGUGGUGCUGGGUUCAAGAGAGGCAGAUAUGAUUUUGAAGAUGAGGACGAGGAUUUUGACGAGGAUGAGGAGGGGUUUGGGGAGGGGUAUGAGGAGGGGAGAGGAGGUGGGGGUGGUGGGAUAGGACGGGGGGGGUGGGGGGGUGGAGGAGGAUGGAAGAGACAGCAGCAGGAUCAGUUGUAUGGGGGUGGUAUGGGGAGUGGUAUGGGGGGUGUGAUGGGAGGUGUGAUGGGAAGUGGUGGGAUGGGGUCUGGUGGGGUUGGGAUGGGUAGCAGCAGUCUUUACGGCCCUGGUUCUCGUGCCGCCGCUGGUGGUGGUGUUGGUGGCGGUGGUAUGGGUAAGAGGUCUCAACCCCACACCUCUUCACCAGCAGAAGAGAUUCUCCGUAUGUACUCUGUAGGCCAGUCUGCACCAGGUGAACCUUCCCCAGGUGCAGACAAACUCGGGGCGGCCCGGGCGGCGCAGAGGAUCCCGAGGGAUGCGGUAGGAGGGGAAGGGGAGGAGGAGGAGGAAGAGGAGGAUAUGGUGGGAGGGGGGGAGGAAGAGGAGGAAGCGGAGGAGGCGAGGGGAGGAGGAUCCAGCCGUCGAUUGGGCGAUCUGAUGACGAGGAUUUCCGGCGCGCUAUCUCAGCCGUUGGAUGGGGAGGAUGAGGAAGGGGGCGGGGGGAGGGGAGUAGGGGAGAUGGGGGGAGGGGAGGAGGAUGUGGUGGAGGUGAGGGGGAGAGGGAGGGGGAGGGGCAGGGGCAGGGGGAGGGGGAGAGGACGUGGGAGGGGCAGGUCGGGACGGGUGAUGCCUGUCUAUUAG